UUGAAUAUGUUUUCUUCAACUUCUAAGUGAAGAGGUGUUUGAUUUCUCAAGAGGAGAGAUGACUCAAAGUAAGAUAAAGGAGCUUAAACAAUCAUUGAACAAUGAAUUUCAACUCAUUCAUGAGCUAUGCUUAUAUGUACUAUCAGCCUCUCAAAGAACUGAGCUUAUACGUGCAACACUCUCCACAUUGCACGCAUUUCUCUCAUGGAUUCCCCUGGGAUAUAUAUUUGAGUCUCCAUUGCUUGAAACGCUGCUGAAUUUUUUCCCCAUGCCAUCGUAUCGGAAUCUCACUCUUCAGUGUUUGACAGAGGUUGUAGCACUUAAUUUUGGAGAUUUCUACAAUGCCCAGUACGUUAAGAUGUACACCAUAUUCAUGAAACUGUUACAGACCAUGAUUCCUCUUAAUACAAACAUUCCUGAGGCUUAUGCAAUUGGUUCCAGCGAAGAGCAGGCUUUUAUUCAGAAUUUGGCUUUGUUUUUCACUUCAUUUUAUAAGUCUCACAUUCGUGUGCUGGAAACUCCCGGAGAGAACAUAGCUGCUUUGCUCAUGGGUGUUGAAUAUCUUACCAAAAUUUCAUAUGUGGAUGACACAGAAGUUUUCAAGGUUUGCUUAGACUUUUGGAAUUCGUUUGUGUUGGAACUAUUUGAGGCACACCAUAAUUUGGAUAAUCCUGCUGUAACGGCAAACAUGAUGGGGCUGCAGAUACUUAUUUUAGCCUGUGGUUUUAUACUGAAUAAGCAAAUGCCUUUGUUACCUGGUAUGGUUGAUGGCCUUGGAUCACAACUGAUGCAGCGACGGCAAUUAUAUGCUGAGCCAAUGUCAAAGUUAAGAAUGCUUAUGAUUUCUCGUAUGGCCAAGCCAAAAGAGGUUCUCAUAGUGGAAGAUGAAAAUGGCAAUAUUGUUCGUGAAACCAUGAAGGACAAUGAUGUUCUCGUGCAAUAUAAGAUCAUGAGGGAGACUUUGAUAUUUAGAGAGCUUCAGAUGGCAACAAACAACUUCAGCAGCAAGUACUUGGUUGGAUGAUGAAUUGAAGGAUAGAGCAAGUUUCAUGCAUGAUUUACUUUUGUGUAUCUUGUAAUGUUUCUGUUUUUCAUUUUAAAGUAAAAAAUGUUCAAGAUUAUAAAAUUUUAUUAUGUUAUGCUUUCAAAUUUAAGUUAGAACUAAGAUCUCAUGAAGUAGACAUAUUCAUGGUUUGAAUUAGUUAUUGUUUAAUGUAAUACUUGUGGUUUAUCAAUCUAUUGAGAAUUACAUUUUAUGAUUAA